GGACAUUCGAUUCAAGAUACGAAAAACGAAAACGCCCAGGGAGAAGGAUAUCUCGCUCCUCACCAGAACUGCGAUGAUGAUGCUCCAUCGCCAAAGAGCAGGCUUGCCUCUGCUCUGGACGUCUCUCGCCAGGUGCCAGCAGGCAAGAAGGGGAUCUCUUGUGGUGGCUUCAUUCUCGACAUCGAGGCGUGCUCUGGACCAGAACGGACACGGGCACCCGAGCAACGACGUGAGCGCGCCUCGCCUGCCGCCGCUCUACACGCCUCUCAGGGGUAAGCAUCUGACCGAAGAGCCGAUUCUCAACAAGGGCUCGGCCUUCACGACGGAGGAGCGGGAGCUGUUCCACCUCAAGCACUACUUGCCCUAUGAGCACCACGCACUCAACGUCCAGGUGCAGCGAGCCGCGGCACAGCUGUUUGGGCGUAAUGAGCCCGUGCUGCAGUAUGCCUUUCUGAGAAGUCUUCGGGACCAGAAUCAGGUGCUGUUCUACGCCCUGCUUCAGGCCAAGCUCAAGGAGACGCUGUCCAUCAUCUACACACCCACGGUGGCCGAGGCCAUCAAGCAGUACUCGCAUAUGUUCCGUCGUCCCGACGGCCUCUUUCUCUCCUACCCGCACUUUAAAGAAGGUGGAGCCGCGUACCUCAAAGAUGCAUUGACAGACUACGGCAAGGUGACAUCGGAUUCGAUCGACCUCGUCGUCGUCACCGAUGGCGAGGGCAUUCUCGGCAUCGGAGACUGGGGAGCGGGGGGGAUCCAGAUUGCCGUGGGCAAGCAGACGCUGUACACGCUCGGCGGUGGCAUUGAUCCCAACCGGUGCCUUAACAUCGUCCUCGAUGCAGGCACCAACAAUGAGCAGCUCCUAAAUGAUGAACUCUACCUCGGUUGGAGGAACAAGCGCAUCACUGGCAAGGAGUACGACGACUUUGUCGACUCGUUUGUCUCGACGGCCGCUUCGUGCUUUCCCGAUGCCCUCAUCCACUUUGAGGACUUCGGCAACGCAAAUGCACACCGGCUCUUGCGCAAGUUCCAGCCAAAGUACUCGGUCUUCAACGACGACAUCCAAGGGACUGGCGCAGUGGCGCUGGCGGCACUCAUGAGCGCGACAAAGGUGGCAGGCACGGAGCUCAAGGAUCAGAAAAUCGUCCUUCAGGGUGCAGGUACCGCUGGCCUUGGCAUUACGAACCAAAUUCGAGAUGCAAUGAUCCAGACGCAAGGGCUGAGUCGCCAAGAAGCGAAUAGCCGCUUCUACCUCAUUGAUCGAAACGGCCUCAUCCACCAAGGUCAACAGGGACUGCGCACCGGUCAAGAGGAGUUUGCACGUCCAACGUCCGAGGUUGAGAGCUGGGCGCCAUCCACCUCCAAGUCCCAGGGAGAGUUUACGCUAUUCGAUACCGUCAAGGCAAUCCAGCCCACCGUCCUAAUUGGCACAUCCACCAUUCCUCACAGCUUCACCGAGGAGGUCGUUCGCGAGAUGAGCGCGCAUGUAGACCGUCCCAUUAUCCUGCCCCUCUCGAACCCCACGAGCCUGUGCGAGGUAGACCCCGCCGAUGCGAUGAAGUGGUCCGACGGCCACGCGCUCCUGGCCACCGGCUCCCCCUUUCCACCGGUCUCGCAUGCAUCCAAGCCAGGCCGCAGCGUCGUCGUGGCAGAGCUCAACAAUGCCCUCAUCUUCCCGGCGUUGGGCCUGGGCACCGUUCUGUCCAAAUCGGCAAAGCUCUCCGACAGUAUGAUCGUCGCCGCCGUCGAGGCUCUCGCAGCACUCUCGCCGGCGCUCGAGAAUGAGGACAAGGGACUGCUACCGGACCUCGAGCACGUCAGGGACGUCACCGUGCAGGUGGCGGCUGCAGUGAUGCGACAGGCCAAAGAGGAGGGACAAGCAAAGGCGACAUGGCCCGACGACCUUGAAGGGUACAUCUCCGAUCGCAUGUGGAAGCCCGUAUACCGGGCACUCCGUCCCUUUGAGACGGUUGUGGGUUGAAUAUGGCUCGUUCUGUUCCUUCAUCUUGCCUUCAUCUUGUAAUUAGAAACACUGCAAUGCAGGAGAACAGAGGCUUUCUGCCGGACGCC